GGCCGCCAGCGGGGGCCCCCUUGAAACCGACUAAUUGGGAUCGGAGAGGCCGAGGUGAGGGCUGGAGGAGGCACAAAGGAGUCGCUGGGUGGAGAAGGGAGGGGACCGGGGAAGGGGGGGGGGGGAGGCUGGAGGAGGAGGAGGAAGAGGAGCGAGGGCAGCGGCUCGGUGACUCCCGCGGCUCAGUCGGACUGUGGCGAGCUAGCGGGCGGUAGUGCCGCCCCCUCCCCCGCCCGGCUUCCCCCCCAAACUCUGCGGCCGCUCGCAAAGUUUGCACUGGGGCUCGGGAGGCGGCGGCGGCGGCGGCGGCGAAGGCGCGCGCGGUCUCCGGGCUGGGGGCGGGGGCGGGGGGGCGCCCCGGAGCCGGGUUGGGGGGCGGCGGCCAGCAUGCGGCCCCGCAGCGCCCUGCCCCGCCUGCUGCUGCCGCUACUGCUGUUGCCCGCCGCGGGGCCGGCCCAGUUCCACGGGGAGAAGGGCAUCUCCAUCCCGGAUCACGGCUUCUGCCAGCCCAUCUCCAUUCCGCUGUGCACGGACAUCGCCUACAACCAGACCAUCAUGCCUAACCUCCUGGGUCACACGAACCAGGAGGACGCGGGCUUGGAAGUGCACCAGUUCUACCCGCUGGUGAAGGUGCAGUGCUCGCCCGAGCUGCGCUUCUUCCUGUGCUCCAUGUACGCGCCCGUGUGCACGGUGCUGGAGCAGGCCAUCCCGCCGUGCCGCUCCAUCUGCGAGCGCGCGCGCCAGGGCUGCGAGGCGCUCAUGAACAAGUUCGGCUUCCAGUGGCCCGAGCGCCUGCGCUGCGAGCAUUUCCCGCGCCACGGGGCCGAACAGAUCUGCGUGGGCCAGAAUCACUCGGAGGACGGGGCGUCCGCGCUGCUCACCACCGCGCCUCCGCCGGGACUGCAGCCCGGCGCCGGUGGCACCCCGGGCGGCCCGGGCGGGGGCGGCGCCCCGCCGCGCUACGCCACGCUGGAGCACCCCUUCCACUGCCCGCGGGUCCUCAAGGUGCCGUCCUAUCUCAGCUACAAGUUUCUGGGCGAGCGCGAUUGUGCGGCGCCCUGCGAGCCCUCGCGGCCCGACGGCUCCAUGUUCUUCUCGCAGGAGGAGACGCGCUUCGCCCGCCUCUGGAUCCUCACCUGGUCGGUGCUGUGCUGCGCCUCCACCUUCUUCACCGUCACCACGUACUUGGUGGACAUGCAGCGCUUCCGGUACCCAGAGCGGCCCAUCAUCUUCCUGUCCGGCUGCUACACCAUGGUGUCGGUGGCCUACAUCGCCGGCUUCGUGCUGCAGGAGCGCGUGGUGUGCAACGAGCGCUUCUCGGAGGACGGCUACCGCACCGUGGUGCAGGGCACCAAGAAGGAGGGCUGCACCAUCCUCUUCAUGAUGCUCUACUUCUUCAGCAUGGCCAGCUCCAUCUGGUGGGUCAUCCUGUCGCUCACCUGGUUCCUGGCGGCGGGCAUGAAGUGGGGCCACGAGGCGAUCGAGGCCAAUUCCCAGUACUUCCACCUGGCCGCCUGGGCCGUGCCGGCCGUCAAGACCAUCACCAUCCUGGCCAUGGGCCAGAUCGACGGCGACCUGCUGAGCGGCGUGUGCUUCGUGGGCCUCAACAGCCUGGACCCGCUGCGGGGCUUCGUGCUGGCGCCCCUCUUCGUGUACCUGUUCAUCGGCACGUCCUUCCUCCUGGCCGGCUUCGUGUCCCUCUUCCGCAUCCGCACCAUCAUGAAACACGACGGCACCAAGACCGAGAAGCUGGAGCGGCUGAUGGUGCGCAUCGGCGUCUUCUCGGUGCUCUACACGGUGCCCGCCACCAUCGUCAUCGCCUGCUACUUCUACGAGCAGGCCUUCCGCGAGCACUGGGAGCGCUCGUGGGUGAGCCAGCACUGCAAGAGCCUGGCCAUCCCGUGCCCGGCGCACUACACGCCGCGCAUGUCGCCCGACUUCACCGUCUACAUGAUCAAAUACCUCAUGACGCUCAUCGUGGGCAUCACGUCGGGCUUCUGGAUCUGGUCCGGCAAGACGCUGCACUCGUGGAGGAAGUUCUACACGCGGCUCACCAACAGCCGGCACGGCGAGACCACGGUGUGAGCGGCGGCUCCGGGCGCGGCGCGCCCCGGCCCCGGCCCCGG